CCUCGAGGAAAGGAAGACAAGUUGGAAGAUGAGGAGGAAAAAAUACAAUCAAAGCAUACAAGCCACAUCCAUGAAGCCAACCCUCAGACUUCAGCAGCUGAAAUAUCUUGGGCUUCCUAACCCGGCACAGAUCUGCUACAUGAACGCCAGUCUGCAGAGCCUCCUGACUCUGGAGGAUUUUGUUGAAGGCAUCAACUGUCAGAGGCCGGUCUGGACUUUAAGUCCUGAGGCUGCGCUCAUCAGAUCAUUUAUGAACAUCAGCGCAUGUCACAGCUCCAGAAAUAUCGAUCUUAAAAUCCGCUGUCUUUAUGCGUUCAAGAACACCGUCUCCCUCUUGGCGCCGGAGUUUCAGGAUCUCUGCCAGAAAGAUGCCCACGAGUUCCUGACGUCUGUACUUGAUCAAAUGAGAAAUCUGAAGCCGGCGCAGCAGAAACUGGCGACCAAAAUCGGAAAAGCCUACUGCUGUCCCGUGGAAGAGCACUUUGUGUUCAAGAUGCAGAACAUCAGGAUGUGUUUGAGAUGUAACAUGACAUUUACCAAAGAGGAGGAAUUUACAAACCUGUCCCUGGACCUGCUACCCGGUUGUGGAACAGUGGAGGAAAUGCUUCAAAAUUAUCUGAAGAAGACACAGGUGGAGUUUCAAUGUGAGUGUGGUUCCAACACAUCAUUGCAGAGCGCUUCCUUUAUUAGCCUGCCAAGGGUCAAGUACCCAAAGAUCGGCUGA